AUGUUCAUUCGCUACUUGCCCAUAACCUUACUCCUGUCGGGCAUCGUCUCGGCUUACUCGCAUUGCAAAACCACCCCAUACGACACAACCUGGCCGUCAGAUAGCGAGUGGACUGCCCUGAACCAGUCUGUUGGGGGCGCCUUGACCAAAACACGACCUGUGGCGUCUUCUUGCUACGAUGGCAACCCCUUUUCGUCCACUUUGACCUGCGACACUGUUGACGACGGCUGGUCCUCUUCCGCAUUCCAUGCAGGGCUUCCGGAGUCCAUCGACUAUCCAUUCUGGGCUAAUAACUCCUGUGUACCUCCGAGCGACUACGCAUACAGGAACGAUGGAUGUACACUUGGAGGCUUGCCCGAGUUCAUCCUCAAUGCUACGACUGCCGAACAGGUCGCAACGGCUGUGAGGUGGGCUAGCGCGCGAAACAUCCGCAUUAUUGCCAAAGGAACCGGGCAUGACCUGAACGGAAGAUCUAGCGGCGCGUAUUCGCUGUCGAUUUGGACCCACCAGCUUCGAAGCAUCAAACUGGACAGCCAGUGGCCACGACCGUCGACCAACAAGACAGAAAACGUCGCUAUUCUUGGAAGCGGAAACAACUGGGGGCUCGCUAUGGAGGCAACGGCCGCAACCGGAAGGAUACUUGUCAGCGGCCAGGUCAAGACAGUCGGUCUCGGCGGUUUCAUCGGCGGCGGUGGUCAUGGUCCUCUUUCGAGCCACUAUGGCCUCGCCGCUGACCAGGUCCUGCAGGCUACAGUGGUCACGACAGCCGGAGACAUUCUCGUGGCGAACGAGUCUCAGAACCAGGACUUGCUGUGGGCUAUCCGAGGCGGCGGGCCGGGUCUCUAUGGAAUCGUCACGGAGUUCGUCCUUCGCACACACCCCAUCCCUAGCAACGUCGUCCAGACAACUUUGUCCCUGAGUAUGAGUGGAAACGACACUGGAUCUUCUGCCGCCGCAUCCUGGGACGCCAUGGCAUUACUUUCCAGUGCCCUCCCAGAUCUGAUGGACGCUGGCGUAGCAGGCUUUGGCAACGCAGCAACAUUGAAUGUUUCGCCAAAGUCUUCCAGCGGCGUCAUUCAGGGGAUCGGAGCAACCUUUACUUUCUUCGGUUACAACACCACAGCGACCGAUCUCGUUUCCCUUCUGAAUCCAAUUCGAGCACGCAUGUUGCAAAGUGGGAAUGGCACUCUCUCGGUGGUAAUCGCCGAGCCGACAGUAUUUCCCACGUACCUCUCGUUCGUCGAUGACCUCAACGAUCCUGCCACUCCGGUGGCGCAGAUCAGUCUCAUCUCAAGCCGCCUGCUCGGCCGCAGCGAGCUGACUGAGAUUCCCCUGGGAGAACUUCGAGCCCAUUUGCAAGACAUCACCAAGUCUCAGGUGAGAGGCGGUACUGCUGCACUGGUGUAUGGGCUUCAGGGCGGACUGGGACCCCGUCAGGUUGAGGCGAGCAUGCGAGGCGCUGUGACUCCUGCUUGGAGAAGCGCCUACAUCCACCUCAUCAGCUCUGGGACGUAUAUCAACACGACGGACACUACACCACAAGAUGCUUUGGCCACUGCUGCGGCCUGGGCAGAAGAGAACAAGGAAGCCGUGUGGCGGAAGUGGGCGCCAGGGACGGGCGCGUACAUCAACGAGGCCAAUCCAUUCAACGGCAACUUUCAACAGGACUUUUAUGGUGGCAACUAUGACCGCUUGCUUGAGAUCAAAGACAAGUACGAUCCCACGGCCAGCCUCUAUGUCCGGUCGGGAGUCGGAAGUCACAAGUGGGACUACAACUUGACGACUGGUAAACUCUGUCGUAAAUAG